AAUGAAAAGGUGUGGUGGCGCAACACUCAGAGUAAAAAAUUUCUCGUGACACAUUGGGAAAACAAACAAAUUCUCCUGACCUCGUCAGAAAGAAAAUCCAGGCAAUUCCAGGACUCUCAUGCACACAAAACUUUCCAUAUACAAAUAUUUUAAAUGUUUUUUAUUAUUAUUAUAGGGUUUAUCAAAUAUUAACCCUAUAAUUAUUUCUUCUUAAUUCAUCCUGCACAUCGAAAAGCUUUCCAGGGUUUUUUUUUUUAAAAUUUUUAUUGUCACUUUUGGGCCGUUCACAACUUCAUACCAAGUCACCAAAUGUGCUGUCAUGUCUGAUAUUGACCUUGUCCUUUGCCUUUCCUGUACUCAAACAACACUAGCUUUUAUUACAUCAUUUGCGCCACUCAAAGACUUCGAUUCCCGUCGCCAUGAAAGAUUUCCAAGCAAACAAAAAUCCCCAAGCGGAAUCCAAGAAGACGACGAUACCGCCUUACAUGAAAGCCAUUUCAGGCUCCUUCGGCGGUAUCGUAGAAGCCUGUUGUUUGCAACCCAUCGAUGUCAUCAAAACCAGGUUGCAAUUGGACAGGAUGGGGAAUUACAAAGGGAUCGUUCACUGCGGCGCCACCGUGUCUAGCACCGAAGGGGUGCGGGCUCUUUGGAAAGGAUUAACGCCCUUCGCUACUCACCUCACGCUUAAGUACGCGCUCCGGAUGGGAUCCAACGCCAUGUUGCAGAGCGCGUUCAAAGACUCGGAUACUGGCACCUUGAGUAACAAAGCGAGGUUUUUAUCUGGGUUCGGUGCUGGGGUUCUUGAGGCGCUUGUUAUCGUUACUCCCUUUGAGGUGGUGAAAAUUAGACUGCAGCAACAGAGAGGACUAAGUCGAGAGCUUCUAAAGUACAAAGGUCCCAUACAUUGUGCUCAUACAAUCAUCCGAGAAGAAGGCCUUUUUGGGCUGUGGGCAGGAGCUGCCCCAACCGUUAUGCGUAAUGGGACAAACCAAGCUGCAAUGUUUACAGCCAAAAAUGCUUUUGAUGUAGUAUUAUGGAAGAAACAUGAAGGCGACGGGAAAGUCCUCCAACCAUGGCAGUCUAUGAUAUCAGGUUUCCUUGCGGGAACAGCUGGUCCAGUAUGUACUGGUCCCUUCGAUGUCGUCAAAACUAGGUUGAUGGCUCAAAGUCGAGAUGGAGGUGAGGUGAAGUAUAAGGGCAUGGUCCAUGCUAUCCGAACAAUAUAUGCCGAGGAAGGACUUCGUGCUUUGUGGAAAGGACUGCUGCCUCGGCUCAUGAGGAUACCACCUGGCCAGGCCAUAAUGUGGGCUGUUGCUGACCAAAUAAUUGGUCUUUAUGAGAGGAGAUACUUUCAUAGUGCAGCUCUAUAAGCUUGCAGCUUGUUCUGGUUUUGAUUACCAUAGCAAACGCAAAUCUUGAAAAUCUUGGACACCAAUUUUUUCAGUGGUCGGACUUAACACCUGGUAAGAAAGAGCCACAUUUUAACUUCAGCUAUAAAUUAGGAAAUGGUAGUUGAAUCCAAAAAAAAAAAAAAAAAAGUUUAUGAAUAGCAAUGCAGGUAUUUGUUUCUCUAUAUCUCAAUAAUAAUACAUUGCUGGUGUCACUUCAUUAACCAAUUUGAGUCUCAGCUGAGUUUCAUGCAUGCUAUGUUUCAAUCAACACGGUAAAGAUUGUUAGUUGAGACAGAUCUAACAUAAAGUCAUCUCUGUUACAUUAUGUGUUUAUGGUUUUGUCUGAAUAAGACAGUGUCAAGUAGCAUUCUGGCCUUCAAUGAGCAUGUGGUACUGUUGAAUCACCAAUAAUAGAAAGAUAAAAUGCUCAGUUUUGACUUUUUAUUUCUAUUGAGUAGGGGCUUUGUCAAGUAAGAAAUUUUUAUGUAUGUAUAUCUCGGAUACGUGUAAACUGAUGAGGGUGUCACAUUUGUGCUUUACAUAGAUGCACAUGGAUGUGUGUGUGUGUUUUUUUAAAUAAUUGUAUACAUUUUUAAAUAUUUUAAAAA